GUCAAAACCAAGGCAGAACUUGUCGAACUCGUUUAAAAACGAAAGUACGACUUUGAUAUGUUUAUUUUGUAUACAUAAAAUACCUAUUGAAAUAUAUUUUGUAUUGAGAAAUCUAAGUAAUUAGUGUGAAAGGAAAAUUAAAGUUGUAAAAUGUAAUGUAAUGUUGUAAAUGUAAUAUGCUUUAGCAUGUAUAAUGAAAAUUAUAAUACGUAACCUAAAUUAUUCACCUUAUGAACGCAUCGACAAGCAACCAAUCAGAAGCGGACAACGCUGUGCCGGCAAGUGUCAUUUGCGGCAUCAUACGUGUGUAUUUUUCCGGUCCUUGUCCUUUCCAUUUAGCACCUUUCUCAGUUGGCUGACGAAGAAUUACGCACGUUCAGCGUGAAAUAUUGGACGUGUUUAAAAUGUUCGGUUCAAUGAAAAUAGUAUUACUUUUAGGUAUAAUUUAUUUAUGUCGUGCUGCCGAAGAAGAUGUACUAGAACUCUCAGAUUCCGACUUUUCUACGGUAAUAUCUCAGCAUGAUACUGCACUAGUCAUGUUUUACGCACCAUGGUGUGGCCAUUGUAAGAGGUUGAAACCUGAAUAUGCCGUGGCGGCCGGCAUUUUGAAGAACGAUGACUCUCCAGUAGCUCUGGCUAAAGUAGACUGUACGGAAGCUGGAAAAUCCACUUGCGAGCAGUACUCUGUAUCUGGAUAUCCUACACUAAAAAUAUUCAGGAAAGGAGAGCUUUCACAAGAAUACAAUGGACCUAGAGAGUCUAAUGGCAUAGUCAAGUACAUGAGAGCGCAAGUUGGUCCCAGCUCCAAGGAUCUGCUUUCUGUCGCUGAUUAUGAAGCUUACCUCAAGAAAGAUGAUGUGGUUGUCAUUGGCUUCUUCGAGAAGGAGACUGAUCUCAAGGGAGAGUUCCUUAAGACUGCAGACAAGCUCCGAGAGGAAGUUAUCUUCGGGCAUUCCACAGCAAAGGCUGUGCUGGAAAAGAGUGGUUACAAGAACAAUGUAGUGUUGUACCGCCCCAAGCGGCUGCAGAACAAAUUCGAAGACUCUUUGGUGGUGUACAAGGGAGACCCCGAGACCUACUCGCUCAAGGCUUUUAUCAAGGAGAACUACCAUGGCCUGGUCGGUGUGCGCCAGAAGGACAACAUGCAAGACUUCUCUAACCCUCUGGUGGUCGCUUACUACGAUGUGGACUAUGUCAAGAACGCUAAGGGUACCAACUACUGGAGGAACCGCGUUCUCAAGGUCGCGAAAGAGAUGACAUCAGUGACCUUCGCCGUGAGCGACAAGGACGACUUCACUCACGAACUGAACGAGUUCGGCAUCGACUUCGCCAAGAGAGACAAGCCGGUAGUCGCUGGACGGGACAAGGACGGCAACAAGUUUGUUAUGUCCGACGAGUUCAGCAUCGAAAGCCUCCUGGCGUUCUCCAAGGACCUGCUGGCGGGCAAGUUGGAGCCGUUCAUCAAGUCGGAGCCGGUACCGGAAGACAACACGGGCCCGGUGAAGGUGGCGGUCGGCAAGAACUUCCGGGAGCUGGUGACCGACAGCGGCCGCGACGCGCUGCUGGAGUUCUACGCGCCCUGGUGCGGACACUGCCAGAAGCUGGCGCCCGUCUGGGAGGAGCUCGGAGAUAAGCUCAAGAACGAAGAAGUGGACGUGAUCAAGAUCGACGCGACUGCCAACGACUGGCCCAAGGCGUUGUUCGACGUGUCCGGGUUCCCCACCAUCUUCUGGAAACCCAAGGACAGCAGCAAGAAACCUGUCAGAUACAAUGGUGGUCGCGCUCUGGAGGACUUCAUCAAGUACGUGGCGGAGAACGCCUCCGGAGAACUGAAGGGCUGGGACAGGAAGGGUAACGCCAAGAAGGAAGAGUUGUAAACCCAUUGUGAUGUAAACUUUCCGUGAAAGAUCUGUGAGUGAAUGGAUUGUCAGUGUGCUUGUCAGUGCUGCGUUUGGUUGACGUGGUCGCAUUCAACUUUGGAAGAUUCAGAAACAUAGAUUCUGUAACGAAAAGGAGUUAUUGAAUAAUUUAUGCCAUACAGUUAUUUGGCAAGAAUGAAGUAUGGAUCCCAUACUUAUACAUAUGGAGUCCAUACUAUGGAUUGCAAUAUACCCAAGAACACAAUUCCUUUUGAAACAUUAGUUAUCUAUCUAUGUAUGAAUGAAUUAAAUUUCUUUCGUAAUUGUAUGUCUUUAUAAUCAUAUUUAAAGGUUCUUUGCUGUGUAAAUGAGUAAUUUAGCGUACAUGCUAUGAAUGCCGCCAAGUCUCCAAAGCCUAUACUUAAGUUGAUCUAAAUACAGUAAUUUGAAUGCAUUUCUAUUGUCAGUGGGAAAUAAAUUAGGUUAUUUAUAA